AUGUCGACCAAUAUUGAACAGGCCUCUGCGGCCCCUCUACCUUACACCUGCAAUACCUGUCUUGUUGCGUUCCACAGGAGCGAUGCUCAGAGAGAUCAUAUGCGCAAAGACUGGCAUUUAUACAAUAUGAAGCGCCGUAUGGCGUCUCUUCCGCCAGUUGCUCUUGAUACCUUCAACGAGAAAGUUCUUGCUGCCAAAGCCACAUCAAGCCAGGCCGCCGCCAAGGCCUCCUUCGAAAAGACAUGCCAUCCCUGCCAGAAGACUUUUUACAGCGAGAACUCCUACCAAAACCACAUCAAAAGUUCCAAGCACAAGCAGCGCGAGGCCCGCCUCAGUAAGGAUGGCGAUGAUGCAUCAGUACUGAGUUCCGCAUUUUCUCUAGGCGAGCCCGUCAACAAAUCCCAUGAGAAUGAGGUGGCCAAGGUCACCGAUGGUCUUAAAUCCACCACUAUUCAAGAAGAGGAUGAUGAGGAUGAGGAGAUUCAAGGUGGUAAGGAUGACUACUCUGUAUCUCGCUGUCUCUUCUGCCGUGCCGACUCUGCCGAUGCCCAGACCAACGUGGAGCAUAUGUACAAGGCUCACGGCAUGUUCAUUCCGGAACGAGACUACCUGGUCGACCUCGACGGUCUUCUUCAUUAUCUCUAUCGCAAAAUCACCGAAAACCAUGAAUGUCUUUACUGCCAUGCCAUUCGCAACAAUGCUGCUGGUGCUCGCACCCACAUGCGCGACAAGGGCCAUUGUAUGAUUGCCUUCGAGGCUGAAGAGGAGCAGAUUGAGAUUGGCCAGUACUACGAUUUCCGCAGCACUUACUCUGAUGAUGAGGACGAGGAUGAGGAUGAGGAUAUGGCUGAUGCAGGCGGUGUCAAGGUCCAGGGCUCUGAUGGAGAUGAUGAGGGUUGGGAGACUGAAACUUCCGCCUCCUCUGUUGAUGGCGAUGAGACACACUCGCACCGAAAAGCACCCCUCAUCUAUGAAGAUGAAUGGGAACUCCAUCUUCCAUCUGGUAAGAGUGUUGGUCACCGCUCACUCGCCAAGUAUUAUCGCCAGAACCUGCACAACUACCCCACCGCAGAAGAGCGAGCUACUCGGCAGCUUGCUAUUGAGAAUGGCGAAAUUGAAGAAGAAGAGAAAUCUCGGGGCCGCAACCAAAACCGUGCUCUUAUCACCCGCGCCAAUGGCGGAACCGGUAUGAUCGGUGCCAGUGAUCAUCAAAAGCAAACUGUCGCUGUCGCGGAACGUCGCGAGAGAACCCGUGGCCUUCGCCAGGAGAAUCGUUACAAGGCCCGUCUUGAGAGAGCUAACAACUUCCAGAAACACUUCCGGGAUCCUCUUCUCCAAUGA